UAUAAAUCAAAAAGUACGUGUAGCAAAUUCCUUGUACUAUUUAAUACUUUCUUUGUGUUUUACCCUCUGUUGCUUAGAAAGCCACGUCUUGCCGUGUGGAAAACUGACUAAAGAAGCACGAAUGUAGCUUGCACCACUCCCAAUUGCUAGGAAAAGCUAGAGGAUCUCAUAAAGAGCCAGUCCGGGUCGUUAAUGAUCGCAAGUUUGCAAAUGUGAUCCCAAAGUAUAAUGGUGCUCUUUCACUUCCGAAAAAGAGGCUUCUUCUCAUCAGUCAUUGACUGCAUCUUUGCAAUCCUUUUCCCCAGGGAUGCUUGUCCCCUGACAGACGACAGCUUGAAGAGCAUUUACAAAACUAGGUUUACUCCUCCGCCUGUGCGUUACCUCAAAAGUGCCGAUAUUUUCCGAACGAGAUUUACUGCCCCAGAUCCGAAGUCCGAAGCGACCCCAGCAAGCGGCCUCUUUGAGACCAGUUUUAUACCGACGUCGUGCGUCAGUGAUACAUUUUCUACCGGAUUCUACCCAAACGGCUUGGGGAUGCCGUACCGACGCCUAGCGCAGGACUGUCGUAAGAAGGAGUACGCACAGGGAUAUACGCCCUUCUUCAACGCAGUCAGUCCGUCUGACGGGGCGUUCUGUUCUCCUGGAAUCGUGCAGACAUUCAAAAACUGGUACGGCAGUGGUGCAGCGCCACCGGCGCCCAUCGUCGAGGAGCCGGACGACAUCGACUGUAGCUGCAGCACGGGCUCGCUGCUGGCCAAGGCGACGGCGCUGCAGCGAAAGCUCAUGUGCUCGCCCAUCGCGCGAGCCCUGCUGGCGUUGGCCGCGUUGCGCGGCGUACUCUACAUGCUGGGCAUCAAGGUCUGCUUCGUCAAGAUCGUCUGAGCCCGGGCGAGCUUUGCCGAGAGGCAAAGGCGGCUGUCCUGAUUUGCUUCGCGACGACGAACGCGAUGCGGCGUGAACCGGCGGUGAGCGACCGCAGCUCCGGCAGGUGACGCGCAGGUGCAAGGUGCUGCGAUGCAGCUCAUAGAGUCAGGGUGGAGAAAUGCUGAGAAACGUUUUUGAUACGUUUGUGCCGUUGUGUUUUAAAAUGUCAGAUAAUUUGUGCCUCGAAAUUCGAAAUGUGGUAAAGGAA